CCAGCUUCAACAAAGACAAUUGGUAUAACCUUCCGCUAAGGGAUUUUGCCUCUACGGCUCCAAGAGGUUGCAGGUCACAGAGGAACCCGUAGAAACAGGAAAUGGAGCUUCCUCAGUCUACUUUCAAAUACUCAAAAACCUGUUUCCUUUGUCUCCCGUAAACACAACCUCUCAAUCCAGCAAUCGGUUCAGAUCCAUGGUGAAAGCAACGGCACAAAGUGAAAGAGCUUAGACAGACUCUGUUGAGGACAAUAUGAAAGACAUACUGAGGUUCUUGCAAGCCAAGAGAAUGUGGGAGAUAUUUGCGAUAUUGCUUUUAUUAACCUUGGGACGAAGCGGCGCAGAAGUCAAUUCCACAGACCCAGCUUUGGUCACGACUUCGGAUUCUAGCACGGUGGAAGUCAAUCAUCCAGGCUUGACUGUCCCUGAAAUUCAUAGUCUUGGAGGUGUGGAGGCAACAUCCUCGAUACCAGAUUCUUCCAAGAAUAUCACUUCUGUGCUGGCUAUAAAACAGGAUGAACGGGAUACAAAACAUAGCAGUUUUACAACCCAGGAGGAUAUUCGAAGUUCCCCAACUCCAGUUACAACACAGCAAGGAGAAAAUAUCACCUUUAAAACUCCUAGCAGAGAAAAGGACAGGGAUGGUAGUGUCCUCACAAAUUCCAAGACAUCGAUCCUGCCUAAGGACGGAGGGAAUCCAGCACAGAUCCAACCCCGAAAGGGUCGUCUUGAAAAGGAAACACCGAAAAAACCAACUGUGAGCAGAACUUCCAGGCAACCGGGCUAUGGCAGCAACAGCCACCAGCAGGCUAAAGAUAACAGAAGCCCCAGCUUUGAAACUACCAGGGGAAAGAACUGGUGUGCCUAUGUUCACACAAGGCUCCAGCCCACUAUUGUGGUUGACAAUGUACAAAGCUACAGCUCUGGGAGAGCCAAGCAAUGCACUUGGAUUGCGGGAUCCUGUGGAACAAGUUCCCAGUCAAGGACCCACCAAGUUUACAGGAUGAAACAUAUCAUAGUUACCUCACUGGAGUGGAAGUGCUGCCCAGGAUACAGUGGAGGAACAUGCCAGCCAACAGCCCAACAGGAUCAAGUCCUCAUCCACAGCAACCAGGCAGAGAGCAAUACAGCUACUACUGGGCAAACUCUGGGAAACCAACAGCAGCAGCAGGAGCCAAAUGACCAAGCAGUUGCACAAAAAGUGAAUGAACAGAUUAGCAGCCAGGAGAUGAAACUGACUUUGCUACAGAAGAAGGUUGACAACAUUUCCCUCGUCCUGAGAGAUGUGAGCGGGACGCUUUCCUCUCUGGAAGGCAAAAUCAAUGAAGAUAAGAGCAAAGAUUUGGUGGCCUUUCUAAAAGGUUUCAAAUCCAAAGGUGUGACUGAACUUAUCAAAGAAAUCGUAAAAGAGCAGUUUAAAGCCUUCCAAAGUGACAUGCAAGAGACGGUGGCUCAGAUUUUCAAGAUCACAUCUGAUCUCUCUGAAGAUCUUGAGAAUACCAAGGGCUUGGUCAAAGGUUUGAAUAAAUCCUGCCAGAGAUUUGCCCUUGAUAUUGAAACUAGACCUACAAGAGCAGAAGUAAUAGACAUUCGAACCCAGAUCUUGCAUAUUGAAGAAGAUAUAAGUUUUACAUGUGAGAGGCCCAUAAAAGAACUGCAAGAAAAGCAGAGAUCUUUGGAAGCUGAUUUAGAACAUCAAAGCUCCAAGAGUGAGAUUUACUAUGGUUCUCUGAACAAAACUCUUACACAGAUGAAAGAAGCACAUGAACAACUAUUAUCAGUGGAACAAAGCUCAGUCCAGAAUCUACCCGUAGCUGCUGAAUCAGUGAAUGAUAACCUUACAAAUUUCGUGACAAAUUUACAGGAGAAAAUGAAAACCCAGAAUCUGAUGGUUUUGCAGCUGUACGAUGAUCUCAGAAUCCAAGAUAACAAGAUCAAUAAUCUUACCAUCUCAUUAGAAAUCCAGAGAGAUGACCUACAAGGUAGAUGUGACAAUGUAUUGUCCAAAUGCAGAAGUGACAUCCAAAUGCAAAUAAGCGUUGUGAAAGGAGACAUUCGUUCCUUAAAUAAAACUGUGGAGAGCCUUGUAUUUCCCUUGGAUGAUAAGAUGGAGAAAAUGAAUGAGCAGAUUAAUGACCUCUGCUAUGAUAUGGAGAUUCUCCAGCCCUUGAUUGAGCAAGGAGUUCCUUUCAGCCUUUCCUCAGAGGAUGAGUUGCGGCUCGAAACAGAUACUAUUAGCAGAAAACUGGAGAAUUUAACCAGCCUUGUGACAACGCUGAACUUCACCAUUGAGGAACUCCACAAAAAUCAGAAGGAACUUAAAAAUGAUGCUCAGGCUCAUGAUGAAAUUUCUAAGAGGCGUAUCGAUGAAUGCUUUGUUUUGAUGGAGGAUGGAUUAAACAAAACCAUGAUGGUCAUCAACAGUGCUGUUGAUUCCAUCCAAGAUAACUAUGUACUCAAAGAAACCCUGGAUACCUGGAAAAAUGAGACCGAAGCUUGCUGUGAUCGUGGGGAGAAGAUGGAAAAUGUGUUGACCUUAAUACCACAAUUUCAAAAGAUGAAUGAAUCCCUUCAGAUACUAGUCAACCAAAAUGAGAAACCAAAAAGAAUUUGGCCCCUUGUAGAAUCUUCAUUUGGUGAACAGAACAUCCAUCCCCUCAGCAGAGGUCACCCUAACCCAAACACCACAUUAUUAAAUGCUCAAAAGCACAGCAGAGACACUGGUCACUCGGAUGAGAAAAUAUGGCUCUCCAGCAAUGAAUACAAUGAUCAUGAAAUACGUCUGCAGGCCGUGGAGGGAAAAAUCAUCAAAUUCUUGGCAAACAAUUGUGUCUCCGUAAGAAACGUGAAAGCAGCUGCCACAGAAAAUGAGAAAACCAUCUCUGCCCAGCUUCAGACCUUCAAUUCCAGAAUCAGGGCUCUUGAAGCCAAAAGCAUCCGCUUAUCACUGAGCAUCCCUCUCAUAAACAAGACAGCCAAUGAAGCAAGGAACUUGUGUCAGGAUGUCUCUGGAACCGUUAGAAAAAUGAAUGCCAGCCUUCCCAAACCCUUUCACUCGGGUGGCAUAUUGUUUCAGAAGGGCUAUCAAGAGCUCACUGGUGCCAUGAUAGAGGCCAAAACAGAAGCACUUCUAGCCAACCUAACCUUGUAUGUAGACAAGUCCCUAGAAGGGGCAGUAGACACCAUAACCAAACGGUUAAAGGCAGCUGCUACUCUUCCAAAGAAGCCAUUGCCAGGGAAAAAGAUGCCCGCGAACACCAUUGCAAAUCAGCCUGGGAGAAGUCAGAGAAAUACUGAUUCUGCUUUAGAAACAGGGGAUUAUCUGAGCUGCAGUAGCUCCCCAUGUCAAAAUGGAGGGACCUGCGUCAACGAAAAGAGGGGCUUUGUCUGUGCUUGUCGCUAUCCUUUUGGAGGUGCCAACUGCAGUGCCAAGAUGACGGAGGAAAAUGCUGCAGCCAUAGAUUUCUCAAAGGGGUCUUACAGAUAUGCACCUAUGAUAGCCUUUUUUGCUUCGCACACCUAUGGGAUGAACACACCUGGUCCUAUUCGAUUUAACAAUCUGGAUGUCAACUAUGGGACUUCUUAUGUCCCUGCAAAUGGAAGGUUCCGUGUACCAUACUUGGGAGUAUAUGUCUUUGAGUAUAACAUUGAGUCAAGCAGCCCAUCCAUCUCUGGCUACCUUGUGGUUGAUGGAACAGACAAGCUAGCUUUCCGAUCUGAAAAUGGAAGUGGAGACAAAUACGUUACUAGAGUAGUUACUGGAGAUGCUAUAUUGGAACUGAACUAUGGACAAGAAGUCUGGCUCAGACUGGCAAAGGGAUCUAUCCCAGCAAAAUACCCACCCGUAACUACAUUUAGUGGCUACUUAUUGUACCGUACAUAAAAGCUGCCAUCCGGUAUUUCUUCCCGGUUACUUCUCACUUCUUUCUAUUCCAAUAAAGGAAAUCUCAUUGAGAGUUCCCAGCUCUUCUUUGGUAGAUGUCCUGUGCCUUUAAUUUUUGCACAACAGACAGAAAUUAGAUAGGAAAUACUUUCCCCAUGCUUGGAUUUCAGCACUGCCCAAAACAAACAAACAAACAAACAGACAAAGAAAUCAUAACUUGGCUAAUGACAAAAGGAUCCCACUCUGUAGAAAUUCUCUAUCUAUCUAUCUAUCUAUCUAUCUAUCUAUCUAUCUAUCUAUCUAUCUAUCUAUCUAUCUAUCAUCUAUCUAUCACACUUGUAGAUAUCAGCUCUCUGAAUUCUCAUCUAUGGCCAUGCUGGCUAUGGAAUUCUGAAAUUUGAAGUCCACAGAUAUGAAAUAUGAAAACGGCAGAAUUAGGGAAACAGUGUUGUGCAUGAUGUUAUGUUUAUUCUGACUGUGUAAAAGAAUUUUUGGAGAACACAUAAAGUUAAUUAUAUUUUGAUAACUCUUGAUAGUCACAUGAUAUCAGCUAAGGGCAAAUUGACUUCAGGCCUGCCCUAUCUACUUUUCUUUUUAUUAGGAAAACUAGGAAGUUUUAGGAAGUUAUUCAGCUAUAACAUGUUUUGCCUUCUGUUGAAUUAAACAUCAUAGCAUUUUUGGGAAAACUCUGAAUAUUGUACCUGAUGCUUUGCAGGAUUACUUGGGGUCCUAGUAAUGUGCUAAUAGAUUCCAUUCUGUCUUCUGAUCAUUUCUGAAUUCAUUGUUUUGAAUCUGAAUGGUUUUAUUUCCAUGUCAAUGGGGUGAAAAGAUUCAGGUGAUAUAUGCUCCCUUUAUAUUUAGGCCUUUUAUAUAUUCUCUCUGUGGCCAUAUUAAAUAGUACUAUGAAAAACUGAUGUUAGGACUAAGGUAGCAAAAAAUAUUUUACAGCCAAGAAUUCUGGGGUCUCUCUCUCUCUCUCUCUCUCUCUCUCUCUCUCUCUCUCUCUCUCUCUCUGUGUGUGUGUGUGUGUGUGUGUGUAUGUUUAAACUUAAUUUAUCUUGGCUUCAGAGAGAGCAGUAGUAAUAUAUUCAUAUCAUUGAAAGAAGCAGUUGCAGGAAAUGUGCCUUGCUUUUUCUAUAUUUUGGGGUCUAGGAAAGUUAAAAUAGCAAAAUAGACAUUAAGCGUAUAAAAGAUGCUCCCUUAUUUUUGAGAGCAUUUUUGUAGUUGGUGGAUUUUUGCCCUUAUUUUUGAAAUGGGGAACAUCAUGCUCUUGAAAAAAAACCAGUGAUUUAUUUCCACAUUAAUUGCCUGAUCUUGGGGAAUUUUAGAAGCUGCAGAAUGGGAAUGACAUUUUCCUACUCUUGAAUUAGGAGGAAGAUUCAAAGAGAUGAAAUGCAGUUAAUUUCAUUUGCCAAAUUCAGUAUGUGGUUGAAACUAUAUGCAGAAUUUUACUUUAUUCUUCAAGCAUAUAUAAUCCAGAAGCUUAAGUCUCAUAACAAAAAUAAAAUUUAAUAUUCUUAUUUACCCAUGCUACAUUUUGUAGUUAUACAAAAUGAAAGUAUUAUAUACUGUAAAAACUAUCAAUUUAAAUACUGAAUUUCCAAGAUGUGUAAUUGAUUUUUCUGUUCUUAAUAAAUUGUGUGUCAUGCAUGUAAGAGAUUAAUAAAUAAAUGGAAGCAUAGGUGAA